AUGGAGGUUCAAGUUAUCUUUGUCCUUUCCCUGGCCGUUUUCUUCUUCUAUGAGGCUCAAUCAUCUGUAUUCGCGUUCAAGAACAACUGCCCUUACACUGUGUGGCCCGGCACUCUUGCAGGUGCCGGUCCUCAGUUAUCCUUGACCGGUUUCGAGUUAGCCUCACAGGCCUCAUCGACCUUAAAUGUUCCACAGCCUUGGUCCGGCCGUUUUUGGGGUCGAACCAAUUGCAACAUUUCCGAUGGAAAGUUCCAAUGCGCCACCGCCGACUGCGGGUCUGGUGAAAUUACAUGCAACGGCGCGGGUGCAAUCCCUCCAGCGUCUUUGAUAGAGUUCACCUUAGCACCAAACAAUGGAAACGAUUUUUAUGAUGUUAGCCUCGUCGAUGGCUUUAAUUUGCCUGUUUCAGUUACCCCACAGGGCGGAUCGUGGAAUUGCAACGCCACAGGUUGCGCCUUUGAUAUCAACGCAGUUUGUCUCUCGGAAUUGCAGGUUAAGGGAUGGGGAGGUGAUGUUAUCGCCUGUAAGAGCGCGUGUUUGGCGUUUAAUCAGCCGCAAUAUUGUUGCACCGGUGCUUAUAGUUUGCCGACGACAUGCCAGACAACAGAAUAUUCCCAGUUUUUUAAGAGCAAAUGUCCCAAGGCAUAUAGUUAUGCUUAUGAUGAUAAAACCAGUACAUUUACAUGCACCGGUGGAACUAAUUAUCUCAUAACCUUUUGCCCUUGA